GAAAAAGUUGGAAGUAGUGUAAGUGGUGAAAAGGAUAGUCAUAAGAUAAUUGAUGUGGAGACAUCUCUUGCACUUCCUCCUCAAGGUGGAGGAACUCGAGCCGGGCUCUUUAGAACCCCUAUUUCCGGUGGUGUUCAGAACGCAACCUCUGCUCAUAGUUUACCUCCACCUGCUCUAGCUGUUAGGAACUUGAUGGAGCAGGUAAAAGACCCUAUCUUUUCAUUCUCACCAUUGGCUAUUCACACACGGAAUAUCUUAGCUGAACCUAGAUGCACCCUCGUUGUUCAGAUACCCGGAAGAAGUUGCUUAUCCAAUGCAAGAGCUACAUUAUUCGGCGAUGUCUAUCCAUUGUCCGAAAAUGAGCAAGAAUGGGCUCAUAAACAGUAUAUGGCUAAGCAUCACCAAGGACCUUCCCAGCAAUGGGGAAACUUUCACUAUUUUAGAAUGCAGAACAUAAGUGAUAUAUAUUUCAUUGGAGGUUUUGGCACUGUUGCGUGGAUUAAUGUCAAUGAGUACGAGGCACUUCAACCAUAUAAGAUAGCUGUUGAUGGAGGCGAGAAAAACCUUAGUGAGUUUAACUUAGAACUUAAUGCCAUCUUCUCAAACCCACUUAGAGAGUUACUGUCUACUGAAUCUGAGGUAGACGAUGCUGCUAUCAUUUCUGUAGACAGCAAAGGGAUCGAUAUAAGAGUUCGGCAAGGUGCUAAGUUUCACGUACAAAGGCUAGCCUUUGAGGAAAGUCUUGGAGUAGAGGCUUUAGAAGAAGCCAAAUCUUCACUGUGGAAAGUGAUAGAGAAGGGAAAGGUACACAAUUUGUAG